AUGUACGACUACCAAUUUCAAGCGCACUUUUGUGAGCCUGUGUACGAGGCGCAUCACUUGCACUGUACCAAACAGGAUGGCGAGGUGGCCUUCACGAUGCGUCAAAUAGGCACAUGGCUGACACUCUCUAGUGUCUUCUGCCGGUGUUCCCAGCCCGCCGAGGUUACUUCUAUCAGCUAUACACACGGCAUCAAGCCCACCGAUAUUGCAUUCAGAGGCGUCUUCUACGAAAUGACCUGCGCUCCCUCGCGCGAGUGCAGGACUGAUGAAAGCUGUUUCAUAGAGACACCCAGCAGUGACGGCCUCCUCUAUGGUGGCAAAGUGAUGUGUAUGUGUCCAAAGAAGACUUUCUGCCCCAUCUACUUUAUUGGGAAGAAGCGGGUCCCCUUCAAGGACAGCCAACAGAGGAUAACCCAUUACGGAUUAAAGUGCAAACAACGGUCUUAUUAA